CCUGUCCUCUGGGAGGGGGGUAGAAGGAGGGCACAGGGAGCAGCUCCGCCUGCCUCACGCUCCUGGCACGCAUGCAGAAAGUUGCUGCGCUCGGCUUUUAUCCCUAAAAGAGAGCAGAGGUGGACAUGGGGAUCACGGGAGGUGAAAGCCUGCCAUGCACCCCCCUCCCCUCCCCGACCAGGUGCUCCUGGCAUUGCAGGGACUACAAACUCCACCCACACGGGUUAGCAGCACCAGGAGAUUGGCACCGAGCCCCUUGCACAGUGCCAUCCAACCAGACCCUACCCCCGGCCCCUCCUGGCCACCUCCCUCCCCACGCAGCAGCACCGAUGCGGUUGGCCGAGUUUGGGCCAGUUCUCCCAGUUCCGCCCACAUAUCCACACCUGUAUGCUGACUCACCUGUUCCUGCUAUGCAAAGGGAAGAUUGUCCCACAGCAGGAUGUGGGUCUUCUGCUUGUUGUCACUGCCAGGUGUGGGGCAAUGGCACUGCUUGCUUGCUGCGCGUGUUGGGUCCCUGUUUACCCCUGACGUUUGCAGAGCAGCAGGGGAGUCCCUGCCUAUGGCCGAUAUCUCCAAACACCCCUGUCUCAGUGUUAGUAGUGUGGACAGGGCUACACAAGCUGCUCCAAAAAGCUUCCAGUCUGUGGGGCAAACCACGUGCAUUGAUGGGAACUGCUGCUGGGAGGUGACACGGUUCCCUGUUGUGCUGGGACAUGUAUGGGUGGAGAAGGCUGAUUGCCAUCAGCUUGAAGGCUCCAACACCCCCCAAAACCUUUUCAACCCCAGGCUAUCAGGUGGGGGUCACUCUCACCCAAACCCAGGACCUGCCUGCGGUGCCUCAUAGCCCCACUCUGCCUCCUGCCAGGGUUCCAGGAUGCCCACCUCCGAGCUCUCCUCGGCUUUGGCUUCCUACUGGCCUUCCUCAGCCGUUACAGGGUGGCCAGUGUGGCUGGCAGCCUCCUCGUCGUGGCCUUCACCAUCCAGUGGGCCAUACUGGCCCAGGGGCUCUUUUACUUCUCCCAGAACAGCAAGAUUUACGUGAGCACUCAGAGUGCCUGCCCUUGCCUUGGCUGCUCUGGAUCCAGCUCAGUGCUUUGCCUCUCCUUCCCAGCAUGGUCAGUGCUGACUUCUGCACCGCAGCCAUCCUCAUCUCCACCGGGGCUGUUCUGGGCAGGGUGAAUCCCAUCCAAAUGCUGUUGAUGGCUCUGCUGGAGGUGCCUCUCUUUGCUUGCAAUGAAUACGUCCUGCGGAGCCUCCUGGGGGUAAGCGACAGUGGAGGCUCCUUGACCAUCCACACUUUUGGUGCUUAUUUUGGCUUGACGGUUUCACGCGUCUUGCACCGGCCCCACAAGGACAAAAGGAAAGAACAGCAGGACGUGGGGCACCAGCCCGAUCUCUUUGCUGUGGUUGGAACCUUUUGCUUGUGGAUCUUCUGGCCCAGCUUUGCCUCAGCCACCACAACCCACGACAGCGCCGAGCCCUGGGCAGUGCUGAACCUCUACUUCUCUAUGGCAGCGAGCACCCUGGCCACCUUUGUCCUCUCACCUAUCCUGUAUGAGGAGGGCACACUGCAGGUGGCCCAGCUCCAGGAUGCCACCUUGGCCAGCGCAGCCGUGAUGGGGAUGGCGGGAGAGAUGCUGUCCACCCCCUUUGGGGCUCUCACAGCAGGCUUUCUGGCCAGCCAGCUCUCCCUGCUCGGCUCCAGGUUCCUCUCGCCCAUCCUGCGAUCCAGGCUGAAAACCGAGGACACGUGUGGAGUGCACAACGUCCAUGGGCUGCCGGGGAUCCUGGGCACCUUCCUGGGGACACUGCUGGCAGCGUUGGCCACCGCGGAUGUAUACGGCGACAGGCUGCAGCUCGUCUUCCCGCUGGUGGCUGAAGGCAGCCGCACGAACGCUGAGCAGGCGCAUUGGCAACUAUGCGGGCUGCUGGUCACCCUGCUGUUGGCUGCCUCCGGGGGCGGCCUCACGGGAAUCCUCCUGCGAACGAAGGUGCUGAGGUCUCCCCCUGAGGGGAACGAGUUGGAGAGCAAAGUGCUGCGGGAGAUGGAUGAGGAUGGAUGUGACCGCGGGGCGAGCAGCGAGGAGCGAGGCAACGUCGCCUGAUAGCGUGGUGAGCUCCAGGCAUUGCCUGCAGCCCAACGUUCCCAACCAGGUUCGUCUCCACGCCGUCCCCAGGGGAUGUACAGCGAGGAGAUGCUGCAGUCGUUUGGGUUCUUGCUGUGGGAAGAAAGGACAGCCCAGCUUCGCGAGGAUCCAGACCUUGCUUGGUUGAGAGGUGCUUCCUGCCAGCUCUGCUCCGUGCCUUCGUUUUCUCCACCUGACAUAGGGAAGAGCUACGGGGAGGGCUUUUCUUUAGGGUGCUGCGCUGGGAAGGGGUGUACUGAGCUGAAGGGCAAACAGCAGAGACUUCUUCUAUGGAUCCUGUCGACCACCGCCAUUAAAACACCUCUGUCUUCUUUUGUAA